GAAGGGACAAAAACAGGACCUGAGUGACAGGGUCAGUCUGCUGGGCUUACUUCUCUGAGUACUACUUUCUCUUUCCCGGCAUUGUUGCUCUUUUUCAUUCCAGAUCAUAUCUCUGAAAUUCGUUUACAGGUCCAGACAAGUAUCUAUGCUGGUCGUUUUGAUGCCAUACAGGAACGAUCUACAUUGGUUCGUAUUGUUCGAAGUCGUGUAUGAUAUUCCACUUUUAGACACUUACUUUAGUUUUAUUCCUAGUGGAAGUUAGUAGCUGCAAAGAAAUGCGCAGCGUACAGGGCUUUUCAAGAAGCGUCAGCUUCAUUCUUUUAUAACCCUGAGUAGUAUCCGUUUACGUUGACCAUUACACACCCUAUCCUUACCCGUCCCGCAGAAGCCCCGCUUCGUUUGAGUUUUCCUUCAAUUGUUUCAAAAUGCAGGACUUUCGCGAGUUCAAAGACGUGAAGGAUUUCCUGAAAGGAGACAAGUCACUGAUCCCGGACGACGUGACGACCGUGCUGCUCGGCGAGUGUACGCACGGGACGCAGGAAUUCUACGAGCUGCGAGCGGAAAUCACCAAGUAUCUGAUUGAGUUCCGGAAGUUCACCUGUGUGCUAUGCGAGUCGGACUGGACGUUUAUGUGGCACGUGAACGGGUAUGUGCACCGAAAAAAGGCCAAUAUGUACCCGGACAAGAUGCGGUUUCCCGACUGGAUGUGGAAAAACGCGCCCUUUCACGACCUGGUAGAGUGGAUGCGGCAGCGGGCCAGCAGCGACGGGCCGCAUCUGUUUGGGUUGGACUGCUACUGCCGAGAGGAGAGCAAAGACGAGUGCGUAAAAUUUUUCGACUUCCACGACCGGGACGGGCUGGGAAAGGAUUUCCGCAAAACGUUGUAUCCCCGAGAGAGGCCGGAGCUGUGGCCAGAGAUUCUGUCAAAACUGCAGUGGGAAAUUACAGAAGACGACAAGAAGAACAAGAUUUUGCAGUCCAGCCUGUCUAGGAAAGGAAGCAAAAGUAGUAUCCUUGUUUUGAUGCUGAGGUCGCGAACGCGAUCGCGUUUGCGAAACUUUCGUCUGCAGCGAUUUAGAUUUUUUCAGAUUCUUGUUUGUUCCAUAGCAAGGACGCUCAUCAGUUGUGUGUGUGUCUGUGUGCUGCUAAGAAUAAGUACUUUUCAAACGUCAUACUUAAACACUUUCAGUGUUCGGUGAGCGCACCACGGCAGAUGGGUCACGUGGCGGCGUUCUGCUUUCCAGCUCAAAAUUCCGCGGGUGUUCGAAACUCGAUCAGUUCAAUGCCGAGCAAAAUCUCGAGUGCAUGAUUGCCGCCGACGAAUACUACUCGAAGCAGCGACUGGAGCCGCCCGGCAGCCGGGCAAGCUGGAACGCACGAGAUCAGCACAUGAUGACCACGAUUAUGCGACUAAAGGCGAAUAGCAAGGAGCUCUUUGGCAUUGAAGAGAAGGACCUGAAGAUCAUCAUCUGGGCGCAUAAUUCGCACGUGGGCGAUGCGACGGCCACGCCGAUGGGCGGCGAGGACUUUCUCAGAAACGAAAAGUGGAACUUAGGGCAGAUGUGCAGGAGCACCUUGGAUAAGGUGUUCAUUACCGGGUUCUACUCACACCACGGCACCGUUCGCGCGGCUGAGCGCUGGGGCGGGAAGGGCCAGGUGAUGCAGUUGCAGAACGCCCUGCCGGCCAGUCUCGAAGCCUGCCUGCAUAGCCGCUUCCCGAACAAAAGCGCGUGCUUCGCAGUGGGGAAGUACUUCACGAAGAAAGCGGACCACGCAAAUAAAGCGAAAAAGGACACCGGCAAGAAGGGCUUGCUUGGCGGCCUGUUCGGACGCUCGCGGACCAGCAGGUCGCUCGGAGACUUGGAGGAAGACAAUGCCGAAGAACUUCUACAGGGUGCGGAUUAUGCGCCAGGAGAGCUGCAGGUCCCGUAUCGGUGCCUACACACGGAAGUGUACGCCACGCCGGACGUAAAUCCACCGAUGCGAGGCGAGGACAGCAGCGCCGGCACGAAAAGAAGAAAACUUGACCCAAGCGUGCCAUUCGUCGGCGUGCAAAGGUAUUUCUAUUUUUUAAGCAGCGGGCGUUGUGCUCAUAAACUCUAACUCUCAUUGGCGAUUGUUGCUUUUGAUUUUUUCACUCACUUCGGGUUCGGAUUGAAAUUGAUAAACUCGAAUCUUCUUUGAAUUUGAAAGCCCUCCGCGGACGCGUAAUAAAUUCAAUCAAAGCUUUAUUUCUCUUCAGGCAAACCGUUGAGCAGCGCACCCUCGCGCAAGUCCGGUUACAGAUCGAAAACUACAAGACGGACCCGACUUUGAACGGCUGGUGGGUCACCGAGGCCUACGAUUCCUCGGUAACCGGUGUGAAGAACCAGGUGCAGUGCCUGCCGGUUUCCACACUCGAGAAAUUGGAGGGGAAGAGUGUAGACGUACAGUCCGCGAUGCUGCUCGCCAACCACCCGAUUUUGCAGCGGUGGGUGGGCGUGCAGUACCACCCCGAGACCGAGUACCAGUCCCACUACGGGGAGAUGCGCGUCGGCAAGUGCUACGACCUGAUCGUGUUUUGCGACAAGAGCCAAGCGCUGUCGAUCGACAUCAGCGCACGGCCCAAGGUCGCGGAUCAGCUGGUCGUGGAGGAGAUGCAACAGGAGACUUCUAAAACGUCUGGUGGACGAGAAGUACAACAAGUACCGCAGCCCCAGCAGACACAAGAAGGCAAGAUGGAAAAAGCAACUUCCGCCCUCAGCAACAGCUCGACCUCGACCGCCGCAUCCUCGUCCUCCUCUAGCACAAAAAAUAACGCGAACCAGAACCCGGAGCUGGCGAAAAUUCAAACGAAGGUCGCGGGUGCAGCCGGGGAAGUGUCUAAAAACGUCGCCGCCCAGCCUGUCAACAAGCGGCUGCUGACGGAAUUCCGGCGCAUCCUGAGGACCCCGAUCGAGUUCAUCGAGGCAAGGCCCCUGGAGACAAAUCUGCUCGAGUGGCAUUUCGUCAUAACCGGGACGCAGGACCCGUACGUUGGCGGGAAAUACCACGGAAUUUUGGAGUUUCCGGACGAUUUCCCGAUGAAGCCCCCGUCGAUCAAGAUGCUGACGCCCAGUGGCCGGUUUGAAAUCAACAAGCGCAUCUGCCUCUCCAUGUCUGACUUCCACAAGGAAAGCUGGAACCCGGCGUGGACGAUCGAGAAAAUUCUGAUCGGCCUGAUGAGCUACAUGUACGAAGAAAACAACGAGUCCGUCGGAUCUUUAUUAGAGUCGAAGGAGGACCGGCGGAAGUACGCGCAAGCGUCCAGCUACUUCAACGCGCAAAAUGAGAUUUACGUGGAACUAUUUCACUCCGUGGAGGAGGAAGAGCAGCAACAGGCGGUCGCGGAUUUGAAGAAGCGGUGGCGGUGCGGCUCGGACGAGAAGGACCACGAUGAGCCGGAAAAGGUGUGCCGGUACUGCCUGGUGGACACGGGCGAACUGGUAAACCCCUGCUCCUGUCGCGGCAGCUCCCAGUGGGUCCACAAGCAGUGCCUGCGGCAGUGGCAGCGGUCGGUCCUGGUCACGCAGAGCACGCACCCUCGGUACCAGACCCGGAUCGACGAAAUCUGCAACAUCUGCGACAAGCCGUUCAAGCCGGAGUUCAAGGCGCCGUCGCGGCGGGACACGAUCUUGGAAUACACGGGGGAGGACAUUCCGCAGCUGAUUCAGAAGGGGAACCUGCUGGUGUCCAGCCGGCCCAAGUCCGAGAAGAACUGGGAGAUCAUUUCGAAGCACAAGGACAUCGCGGACAAGCUGCUGCAUUUCACGGAGUCCGUUUACUUCAUCAGCCUCUGCGAGCCCUACAACCCGAACAAGCGCGGCGGCGGCGCGCUACUCGCGGUGAACACGGCGAACAACCGCAUCGUUAAGGAACCCCCAGAUUCCGUCAGUCGUGCGCUGCCCGGCGACCGGUACGAGUUCUUCGUGUCGCCGAAGCGGACCUGGAACGAAUCCUUUGCGGCGCUUGUGAAAACAAUGCAGGACGCCGGGGUGUUGCAAGCAGGGAAAAAUGGCGUCGAACACCGGAUCGGCGGCCCCGUGGAGCCCGCCGAGGCGUUUGCGCUCGUCGAUCUGCCGAUGCUGAACGCGCCGGACAAGCUGUCGGGCAAGUCCGCCACUUCUUUGGAAGAGCAGAAGAAGAAGAACCGAACCAUCCUGCAGCUCGCCAGCACCGACCCGGUGACGUGGCAGCAGGCCCAGAAGCUGCGGAUAAAGAAUUCUGUGUUCUUCGGAAAUUUGGAAACCAUUCUGGCGGUGAUCGCGUCGCUUUACAGCUGUGCGGAGACCGCGAACAGUGUCGCGAAUAUUCCGGUAAAGGUGUUCUGGGGCUACGCCAGCUGGAACGCCACACAGCUGCUCGGGGAAAUAGCCAGGCGCAGCUGGGGACUGGUGGUCAGUGACAGCGACCUGUCCUUUGACAAGUACGGCAAAUGCCUUGGCGAGUGGGAAGAUCUCGUCGAUAACUCCGUGGUUGCCAAGGAAAGCGAGUACGCCGCGUUCUGAGCGAGGACCCGCGCCAGCCGAUUUUCAUUGUAGCGAGCUGGACAAUGUUUGUUUGACAGUCUCGCGCACUAAAGAAGCUACCCAAGAUUUUGCGCGCGAGUAGGAACACUGGUUGCAGGCACCUGCUCGAGCUGAAAGUCCUCAUUUAGUGUCUUUUCCCUAGCUCCUGGCACUGCUAUCUACCCGCAAUUUCAUUUUUGCCCCUUCUGUCACAUACACAACACAUCUGAGUGCUUUGUGUCGCCCCACCUGCUCUGCAUUUCACUGCGUCAUCGUCAAUUGCGGCGUCUAUUAUUAACAGGAAGCUGCUAUAAUGUGUCGUGUGACAAUUGUUUUGUUUGUUCCACAAUUGUGUUACUCCUGCUUCACUACGACGACCGGUUUAAAAAUACUACCUCGACCGUCGCAUUUGUCCCGCCCCCGCCCGCCACAACACCCACCAACUGCUACGCAGGUAGUACUUCGUUGCUGCUACAGACGCACACAGAGACUGAGGAAGAAUAAGAAACCCUCCACCUUCUACUUCUAGAUAUUAUUGACAAGGAUCCCACUUGUUUUUGCAGUCUGAUUGCAGCUAGAGCUACGGAAGUGAGUACACAUCCGGACAAAGACGCUCACUGUCACUUGAGAACGAGAUCAAAUGAUUGAAAAAACAUAAACAAUAUUGAAGAUCUACCACUAGCACCCGCAGACAGAGUCAGAGGCAUCUCCUUCUGCCCUGCUCCUCCGCUGCAUUGCCAGGCGCUCCGCAUGAGCC